AGAGACACACAGACACAGCCACGCACACAGAUCACUGCUUUUUGUGUUCAGUUUGAUGUCCUUUCCUCGCACCUUCGAUUAGCGCGGUUGGCUACGUACGGUGCGAAAGAAGUCCAGCGUACACACAGACACACACAGACACACACGGACACCCACAGACACACACAGACACACACACGGACGGACGGACACACAGAGAGGGAGCGAGGCUCCGAGUGAGCGGUGCGUGAUGGAGGCGAUUUGGGUCUACCAGUUCCGUCUCAUCCUGGUGGGGGAUUCCACGGUGGGGAAGUCUUCACUGCUCAAGAGGUUCACGGAGGGCAAGUUCGUGGACAUCUCGGACCCCACGGUGGGUGUGGACUUCUUUGCGCGCCUCGUGGAGAUCGAGCCGGGCAAGCGGAUCAAGCUGCAGCUGUGGGACACGGCGGGACAGGAGCGCUUCCGCUCCAUCACGCGCUCGUACUACCGCAACUCCGUGGGCGGCAUGCUGGUGUUCGACAUCACCAACCGGCGGUCGUUUGAGCACGCCAGGGACUGGCUGGAGGAGGCGAGGAUGCACACGCAGCCGUCGCACAUCGUCUUCAUGCUGGUGGGCCACAAGAGCGACCUGUCGGAGCAGCGCCGCCAGGUGGAGCGCAGCGAGGCGGAGCGCUUCGCUGCUCAGCACGGCCUGCGCUACGUGGAGACCAGCGCGCGCGACGGGGACAACGUGGAGCGCGCCUUCACGCAGCUGACGGCCGACAUCUACGCGCUCGUGCGCGCCGGACACAUCCCCCUGCAGGACGGAUGGGAGGGCGUCAAGAGCGGCUUCGUGCCCAACACGGUGCACUCGUCGGACGAGGCGCCGCGGGCACGCGUCUGCUGGUGCUAGCGUCUGCUGGUGCUAGCGCGGGCCUCACCCUCACCCACACCCCCGUUCCGUUACACAGAUAACCACGGAUACCCACGCACAUCGCCACACAGAUACCCACGGAUAUCCACACACACCACCACCUACUCACACACCCACACAUCAACCCAUGCACACCACCACACACUCACACCCCCACACACUCACACCCCCACACACCCACCUACCUACCAACCCCCACCCACUCACACCCACACACACCCACACACAGCCACACACACCCACUCACACCCACACACACCCGACCCAACCCACCCUCGUUAGACCCGCAACUCGAGAACCCCCGUAAUAGCCGCGGCAUCACAUCGUCGUCAUCGUCAUCAUCGUCAUCGCCAUCAUCACUGUCAUUAUCGUCAUCAUCGUCAUCAUCAUCAUCAUCGUCAUCAUCAUCACCGUCAUCAUCAUCACCGUCAUUAUCACCGUCAUUAUCACCGUCAUUAUCACCGUCAUCACCAUCGUCGUCAUUGUCGUCAUCGUCGUCGUCGUCGUCAUCAUCAUCGUCGUCAUCAUCGUCGUCAUCAUCGUCGUCAUCAUCGUCGUCGUCACCGUCGUCGUCAUCGUCGUCAUCGUCAUCAUCGUCGUCAUCGCACUGCUGUCAAACCCAACCCAACGGUUUCAAAUAUUGUGGAGGCCCUCACACUCGCACACUGAUCACGACAACGACGGUGAUGACGACGAUGACGACGUCUCGUCGCCGAAAGCACCAACCCCCCCCCCCACCCUGCCCCUCGCCUUUGAAAGUGAGCGAAGAGCCGCUGGGGGUUAGAGAGACGGUGGUUCUUCUUCACCGGAUCACGCUGGCCAGGUUUUCUUUUAGAAGGUAAAUCAUCGCAAACACACAAGCUAGGCACGGGGCAACGUCAGUAACGAUCUGUUAGUUUCACUAAAGCCUCUGCGUGUUUGUUCCAGAGGUCGCAAACGGGUUUUGAUUCCUUACCCGUACCCGGCCGCACCAGGGUCGCAAAUGGGAACCCAUACCCGGCCGGGUACGGGUACCCGUUCCCUACCCGUACCCUACCCGAAAUGAGUGACAAACGGCUACUCACCAGUGACUCACGGCCUACCCGUACCCGGCCACACCAGGGUCGCAAACGGGUAGCCGGGUAUCGGGUAGGGUACGGGUAUCGGGUAGGGUACGGGUAUCGGGUAGGGUACGGGUAUCGGGUAUGGGGUAGGGUAUGGGGUAGGGUACGGGUAUCGGGUAGGGUACGGGUAUCGGGUACCCGGUUGCGACCUCUGUGUGUGUGUUCACACUGCGGCGACGAUUGAGAGCUCAAGGGGUGCAAGGCCGCAGUCGGGGUGAACAGACGUCGGGGUCAGGAGGGUCACUUGCCCAUGCUCUCUCCGUCGUCCCGUUCCGUCCAACCGCACCCACCACUAAACGCACCACGCCACCCACCCAUCCACCACCGCACCCGUCCACCACCGCACCCACCACUAAACGCACCACUAAAUCCACCACCCCACCCAUCCACCGCCCCCACCACCCCACCCAUCCACCACCGUACCCACCCACCACCCCACCCAUUCACCACCCCACCAACCCACCCCACCCACCCAUCCACCACCGCACC